CAUUGUGCGGAGUGAUCUGAUACGGACUACACCCAGCCGCCGCCUCACUGCCCUGGCUUUCUUUGCUGCCCCAGCCUUCGCGUUGGUCAACGUCGAAGUGUGGGUUGGAUUGGAGACUCUAAAUUUGCCUGGAGAUAUCGUUCACCUUCCCAACUCUGUCUCUCUUUUUUUGGUAACAUUACCCGCAAAGCUAUAGUCUUUUUUUAUAUAUAAAUUUAUAGCGUCAGUUUCUUGAAUAUGUCUUGGCAAAGCUACGUGGAAAACCUGAUGGCCGAUGGCAGCUGUCAGGAUAGCGCCAUUGUUGGGUAUACAGACGCCAAAUAUGUUUGGGCAGCGCAUGCCGGUGGUACAUUCAACAAUAUCACGUCUCAGGAAAUUGAUGUCCUCGUUGGAAAGGACAGGGAGUCGUUUUACACAAAUGGUCUCACCCUGGGCUCAAAGAAGUGUUCUGUCCUUAGAGACAGCCUCCAGGAUGAUGGCGACUGGACGAUGGACAUCCGGACAAAGAGCCAGGGAGGAGAACCUACAUAUAACAUUUCUGUAGGCAGAGCUGGAAAAGUUUUGGUUCUUGUAAUGGGCAAAGAAGGCGUCCAUGGAGGCGGCUUGAAUAAGAAGGCUUACUCAAUGGCAAAAUACUUGAGGGAUUCGGGCUUUUAAUGCUUUCAAGCUCAUGUAGAUCCAAGUUGAGGGACAAAAAAGAAGAGAAAAAAAAUAUUGCUGUUAAGAUUUCUCCUGCGAGCAGUCAAAUGUUUUGGAAACAUUUAAUAGCAGUGAAGAGUGAUAAGAUACUGUGUCACCUUUGUUCUCACCCCUUCAUCCUGUAUGGGGGGGCGGGGCUCUUCUGUUGUUCAUUUGUCUAUUUUUUUUAUUUAUAUUUUUUUUCCCCUUGUGCUCCAGUAUUGGUUUUAGUCAUGGGAAAGGAGGCGGUCCAUGGUGGAAAUCUUAACAAGAAAGCACAUGCAAUGGCUGAGUACCUGAGGAAGUCUGGAUACUAAGCAACCUCGCCACCCCAUUGGUCAACUUAGCAGCUCACUCCCACUCACCGUAUUGUUGACACUACUUCCAGGAUUUAGGUGGCAAACAGUGUUACUUCCUACCCAGUCUCCUUUUAUACACAGUCUUUUGUUGGCUAAACUCCCUCAUCCACUUUUUAUUUUAUUUUAUUUUUUGACCUCCCUUUAACAUUGUUUAUCAUGAUUUUGACACUACAGUUAUGGCAUGUUUAUUGAGAUGUUUAUCAACCAAACAUGUUUUAAAGGAAGAAGAAAAAAAAAAGCUAAAGUGCAUACUUAAAAGUGUAAAAUAAAUUUGGACUCCUAACAUAAACUGACUUGUUUUCUCUGUACACAUCAAUAUACAUAUACCUUUUUGUUAAGCAUUAUUAAAAACAUACCUCUAAAAAAAUGUUUUCCAGUAUUCAGCAUGCAGGCAUUAUGGAAGUUGCAUGUAUGCGCUUUAUCACAGCAAACUCAGCCCUGUUUCUCCCAUGUCCUUCCACAGUAUUUCAGCCAAACCAUCUGUCAUGCCUUUCUCUUAAUAUCCUAUUGUUUCUUUCUUCUUUUUUUUUUAAGACAGAUUUCCCCUAAUUGGCCACCUUCUGUUUCUUUUCUUUUACCGUCCAUUACCAGAUUUUUGUUUUGCUAUUGUACCUGAAUGUGGUCUUAAAGUAACUGAUGUGGCGUUGGGCUGUUUUUUGAGUGUAACGUAAGGUUAGCAUUACACCGAUUUUAUCAUUUUUGAUCCCAUCUUGGAGUCUCAGUGGACAUUUCAUCUCUUGGCAGUUGAGAUGGGGCCAAUUCUCUCCUGCCAUUUGUACAUUUUUGCUGUAAAAAUAAAAACACUACACCUUUGUGAGCUCGCCCUCCCAUGUGGACCAACUUCCAUAAGAGAGGUACUUUAGCUUAUUAGAGGCAAUUGUUGGCUGCCUGGAAACCACCGAGAUGACUUCAGAUGACUGUAAAACAUGUAACCGCUUCUUUAGACUUCAACACUAAAAUGUUUCCUCACUAACUGACUUCUUGCUAACUUUAAUGUGCAUUGAUUACUACAAAGGCAAUGUCAUUUUUACUACAGUGUGAAUGCAUUUAGACUGUACACCGAGGCUGCUGGGCUCCAACACCUUGGGAUUGUUUUUUGCCUUGUGCUUUAGUCAUCAAAGUGUAUUCACAACUUGUCAUAGUAUGGUACCUAGAAAUAUAUUAAAAACAAUGCUGUGUACACUAAACAUUGAAAAUGAUGUUGGUUGGAAUAAGAACAUUUGUAAGUUGUCUUGUGGUUUCUUUUUUUUCUGAAAAAUGACUGUAUUCUGUGCCAUAAAAUUCAAUUUCUGAUCUGAUAAUACGAGUUGGAUUUGUACCUGCUGCCCAAGCAAGAAGUAACUUUAAAUGGCACUUUCUUAAGGGAUAUUUUGGCAUUGGUAAUCUCCAGACUUUGUGGGAUCUGUACAGAAUUAAAACAAAGCAAAAGUUUGGAAUA